AUGCCAAGCGCUUCUGAACACAUUGAAGUCUAUCCGGACGCUAUCGCCUCGUUCGGUUCAAAGAUAGCUCUUAGCACAACUGCCGAAGUUAUUUCCACAAUAGAUGGUUCUGCCCUUGCGGACGCUCUUGCAUUCGAAGAAGCAUUUUUCGCCAAUGAGAGAAGCGACGAGGCGAGCGUAGAAGGAGACACACAGUCCCACGAUGAUACCUGGGUACUUCUUCGGCCAGAAGGGGUUUUAAGGCCACUUGCCAAGAACAAGGAAGCUAGAUCAGAUGAACGUAACAUCCAGACGCGCUUCCGGGCAGUAGUCAGGAUUCGGACAUAUGUCAAGGACAAUGCCCCGAAUCUGCAAUCUGAAAAGAGCGCUGAAUGGUUGCCAUCGUUUACAGCUUCCGUUCCAGCUACGCACUCCUUCUUAACGCCUCUGGCUUCUGAUAUCCGAGAAGAACAAUCAGCUUUUCUACAGGUCCAAAAAAAGUUAAUCGAAUGCGAAGAGCUGCUGGACAUUCUUGAGCGAUCUCUCCCGGCCGAGACAAACGACCCCAAUUCAGUCGCAUUCACUAAGCUUGCAAUAAACAUUACACGCGCGGCUAUAAAGGAUGCCCACCGGCUUCGAUACAAGGACCAACAAAAAGUAGAGUAUGCGUUGGGAUCAAUGGAUCAUGCGCUGUGCUUCCACGAGGAAACUCUGCGAAGAGUUAAUCGGGCUGCGGGUGCAUCCGAUUUUGAAUCAUUUGAGCGAGAUGUCAUCAGUAUGGAAGAAGCAAUCCAUAAGAGGCGGUCAGGGGGUGGCGGAUAA